AACUGACACAUAAACUAAGAACAGCUGUCCAAUAACGAUUUUGUAUUUGUAUUUUGUACAAAUAUAAACAAAAAUUUAUCAGCAAUGCUAACUAAAAAUAAAUUUUUAUUUAUACCAAAUGACUGUAUAAUGAAAAUAAAGUUGCUAGUUAGGGUAAUCUGGGUCUCAGGCGGUUGAGCGUAAACGAAGCAUAUAAAUAAAGUUUAUAAAAAAUAUAUUAUUUCUUCAAAUAUUAUUCCAGGUUCAAUAAAUAUAAAAUGUACCUGUGAAUGAAAAAUCAUUUUAUAUGUUUAUGGAAAAUCAUUUUAUAUGCUUGAGCUUGAUUAUAUGCAGAUAAAAGUCCUGGAUAUAAAGAAGUAAUAAAUUUACUUCUGUCAAAUUGGCAAUAUCUGAUUCAUUUAGUAAUUGAAAUGGAAAGUAGAUUUUCAUUUGAAGAUUUGAAUUAUUUUCCACCUUUGGAGAAUGGCCACAUAAAUAUAAUUAAAUUUUUAAAGGCAUCUUCAGAUUUAUUAUCUAUUGUUGAUUGCUUUGGAAAAUUACUAAAACCAGUAAAACAAGAUAUGCAAGGAAAUAUUGAGAAAAUAAAAAACAACUUUGUGUUAGAUGAAAGAUCCUGUUUACUUGAUCUAAUGUUGAAGGAGACUAAUGCAGGUGGCAACAUUGGUGCUGAAGCUACAUUAUGGCUAAAUAGAGCACUGCUAUUUUUUGAAUUAACAUUCAAAGAAAUAUUAGAGCAUCUUAAAGAAAAACGGGAGAUAAAUAUGAAAAUUAUUUUUAACACAGCAUAUCAGGGCUCUGUGAAGAAAUAUCACAACUGGGCUGUACAAAAAUUGUUUAUGGUUAUAUGUCAGCUCUCUCCUACAUUUCCUCAAAUCAUAUCAUCUUUGGGUUUAGAGAAUAGAGAUUGUUUUGAAGAAAAGAUGACAUUAUUUAAUGAUUCUUUACAUGUAGUAAGAUGUGCAAUUGACAAUUUUUUUAUUGAUAACUCUUUAUUUUGUGAUGCAUAAUCUUAAUACAUAUGUAUAUUCUUUUGGGUGAGACAAUUAAUAAUAGAAUAUUGUGUAGACAAUUAAAAGUGAUAUAUUGUACCAAAUAUUGAGAAAGAUUUUAUAUGAAAAAUAUGCAUUUAUAAUAUGACUUUCUAUUAGGUCCUGUUAUUAUUAUUGGAAAUGUGUGAAGAACGUUGACUUAGAUCCCAACAUACAAAAUUACCAGUGGUAUUUGACUUUUUGGUUAAUAUCAGAUAUUUGGUUUGAAAUUUUAAGUACAUUAUGCCUAGAAACUAUUAAUAUUUUAAAUGUUGGUUAUGUAAAUGUAGAUAUUUGACAUUGGUUGUAAAUUUACAAUGCAUAUAUAUCUGGUUUAGUUCAUACCAACAUAUUUUUUCUUGGUAUCAUUAACAUAGGCCUAAAUCAAUAUGCAUUAUAUUGUCAUCAGUAUUUUAAAAUAAUUAGAAUAGAGUGAUACAUAUAAUUGUAUACUAGAUUCAUUAAAUUUAUACUAAUUAUCAAGCUAAAGAACAAAAUUGUAACUUUAUUUUUUUAAAGAACCCACAUUAGCCUGUGUUAACAUAUUAUGUUUUUAAACACAUUCUAUUUCACAUUGGUGUAUGUACUGCAUUUUUAGGAGGGCUUGUGAAUUCCUGUAGGCUUCCAGCCUAGAGUUUUGAAAAGGUAACCAACAUCUCAUUGGUGUCAUAUCCUACUUAUCCAUUUCUCGUUCUCACACCAAAAUAUAAAUCUUUAGCAACAGUG